GACUGAGAAAGAAUCCCCACCACCAUUACCACAAAAAAAUUUACCUGCACCUGAAUCUCCGCCUCCGCCUCGAUUGACUGAACAAUAAAAGUAUUUAAUGUCUCUCCUACUCAAUCAAUAUCUCUACUGUCUCCCUUCACUCAAAUUCUCAAAAUUCACUCCAAAAUCACUCAAACCCCAUUCUGUAUCUUUAACCUCUAAACCCAGAUUCCUCUUAUCGAUACGCUCCUCGUACUCUUCUUACUCCUUCAAUGACCCCACUGACCCACCUUCUAGGUCGACACCCGAAGCGGGAUCCGGAAAUAUUGAUGAAUCUUCUGAAAAACCGACAUUUGUCGACGAGUGGGGGGAGAAGUCGGAGCCGGAGCCCGAACCUGUGUCAAAAUUCUCGGGCCCGGAUCCUCCGAGGGACGAGGAUGAAUGGACUGGGAAGGACGUGGGCAACGGGAGCCCGGGCGUUGAAGUGAGUGGUGGUGUGAGUUUGAAGGAAGAUGGUGAUGGGAAGGUUUACGAGCUGAAGAGGGCACUGCUGGAUACGGUUUAUGGGUCGGACUUUGGGUUCCGUGCAUCUUCAGAGGUCCGGGCAGAGGCUCUUGAGCUCGUUUUGCAGUUGGAGGCCUCCAAUCCGACUCCGGCACCCACCGAGAGCCCCGAUUUGCUCGAUGGCAGCUGGGUUUUAGUGUAUACAGCAUUUUCUGAAUUAUUGCCUCUGUUGGCAGUAGGCAGUAUUCCUUUGCUCAAAGUUGAUAAGAUUGGCCAAGAAAUUGAUACAAGCAGCCUUACCAUAGAGAAUUCCACCACAUUUUCGAGCCCUGUUGCUACUUUCUCUUUUAGUGCUUCUGCAGCCUUUGAAGUUCGAAGCCCAUCAAGAAUACAGGUUCAAUUUAAGGAAGGGAAAUUUAAUCCUCCAGAAAUCAAGUCAAGCAUAAAUCUUCCAGAAAAUUUGGACAUUUUUGGCCAAAAAAUAAAUUUGUCGCCUCUGCAGCAAUCGCUGGAUCCCAUUCAAAAUGCUGUGGCAAGCAUAGGACGGACUAUUUCUGGUCAGCCUCCUCUCAAGGCUCCCAUUCCCGGUGAGCGGGCAAAAUCUUUUCUUCUUAUAACGUACCUUGACAAGGAUUUUCGAAUCUCUAGAGGUGAUGGUGGCCUUUUUGUGCUCGUGAAGGAAGGGAGUCCACUUCUAGAUCAGUAGCCAGGUACCCGCUGCUUUGAGAUAUAGAUAUAUCCUUUUGUCACAAAACUCAAGCAUUUAUUUACUUGGCCAAAGGGGAAGAUGAGACAUUUUCUUGUGCCUUUUGAUUCGAGCAUACUAAAUGAUUAUGGAUUUAAUAAGAGUGGUAAGGUUACUGCAAUGUGCAUAUAGAUAUAAUUACAGCAUGUAUCGUUGAUAGUGCAAGUAUUUUCUUUUUAAUGUGAAAUCUUCAAUCAAUUUGUAGUAGUCUAUUUUCUCGUA